AUAGUUUAUUUAAUUAAUUUUUUAAUUAUAAAUUAUUGUUGAUGUUGGAGUGUUUUAUAUUAGAUCCGACAGACUGCGCUACGACACGUAAUACAAACCAAACUGAUACUUAAUUAGUCAUGUGAAUAAAAGCUUGACUCGGCGAGUGUCUACUCCAAUAUCGUUUUUUGCGAGCGCCCACUCGACCGUCAGGUGAAUAAAACCAGCCGACUCGACUCACCCACGAGUGCCUACUCUCCAACGAUGAGGCGGUAUGUGACUCCGAGUAGACACUCUUGUUUUGAGGUGAAUAAAAACCAAAGCCUACUCGCUACAUCGAGUGCCUACUCUCAAACAAGUGAGUCUCCUCAGUAGCAGACUCGCCACCCCUGAGUGCACACGCUUCAGUUAUGGCUGAAUGUAUGCCAGUUAGAGCUCGAAAAAUUUACAAAGUCAGAAGAGAAUCGCGUGAGGACGACUAUCGUUCGCUUUACAGAUUUAGUAGGGAGAGUGUUUUGUGGUUAACCGAACAUUUUUUGGGAGAAGAUGAAGAACGUCGCGGUGGAGCCUUAACAAACGUUAACCGAAUGAAAGUGUUUCUACGGUAUUUGGGUGACCCAGGCUUUCAAUUUGGAGUAGGAGAGGACAUCGGAGUCCACAGAUCAACUGUAUCCAAGACAAUUUCUUCAGUUAGGACUACAGUUCUAAACAAGGCUGAUGUAUGGAUUAAGUUUCUGACAACCGAAGAAGAAAUGGAAGUGGAGAAAGCCAAGUGGCAAACAAACUACAGUUUCCCGAAUUCAAUAGGUGCAAUUGAUUGUACUCAAAUCCCCAUUGUAAAGCCGUUUUUACAUGGGGAUGAGUAUAUCAACAGAAAACGAUUUGCAAGUGUUAACGUUCAGGCUACUUGCAAUGGAUUAGAAGAGUUUACCAGUGUCGAUGCUUCUUGGCCUGGCUCCGUUCACGAUUCCAGAAUUUGGAAAAAUUCAGAUGUUUACCGUGUAAUGGAAAGAAAUGUGGGGGAAUCGCUGUUAAUUGCAGACUCAGGAUACGGGAUCGCCCCAUGGUUAAUGACGCCGUUUUCCCCACCUGCAACACCUGUUCAAGUGUCUUUUAACAGAUGUUUGACCAAAGAACGAGUUACUAUUGAAAGAUGUUUUGGUCAGAUGAAACAGCGAUUCCCUAUCCUCCAACACAAAUUAAGAAUUAAGUUGGAGAACAUUCCAUCCUUUAUUAUUUGCUGUUUUAUUUUACACAACACAGCGAAAUGCCUAAAUGAUGAAGAUUUUGAAGCCGUCGCUGAACAGCCUGGCGAAGGAAACAAUUUUGAAGAUGAAAUUCCUCACUACGGAGAGUGCCAAAUAAGGCGAUUGGGACAAGCUAGAAGAAUGCAACUGGCAAAUGUAAUCUACCAGCAACAUUUGUAAAA